GCGGCGGGCGGGCGUCCGCCUGACCACUGGCCGCGGACGGGUGACGGCGCGUGGCGUCCGCAGUCCGCACGCGUUUUGAAGCGGUCCUCCUCUCGCGAGCGCCGAGGCCGAGAGUCGCGGACUUUACGUCCCAGCGUCACAACUCUCUCGUGCAGCUUCGUAAUAAGCUGUGUGUACCGUUCUUUGACCGAUUUUCGCGCCAAAUAUUACGCCCGAUCUCUAUAACAGCAGUCUUUUUGUUUAACGCGAACUCUCUUUAUUUUUUUGUUUAUUUUAUUUUAUUCUUAGUCACUGAUUAGUGAUGGAUGUUAAUUUGGGGCUUUAUAACUUACUUUAAUUGUGAUGCGUUUAUUUAUUGUGAUUUUUAUUCUGUUCUUUGUGUUUUUACCUAAAUCUACUAAGGCGAUUCGAUGGCUAGCGCUCCAUGAAAACGAAGGCAACUGGACGGAGGGUGACUGCGCGGAGGCACGGCGACGAGGCGCGCUGUGGGGCGGCCAGGCGCGCGCGUGUCGCCGCCAGCCCGCCGCCAUGCCGCACGUAGCGGCCGCCGCGCGCCUCGCCCGCGCCGCCUGCCUCGCAGCACACGCCGGCGAGCGCUGGAACUGCACGUCCAUUGAGCUUGCUCCGAGAUACACGCCUGAUUUACUUACGGGUACGCGCGAGCAAGCCUAUGUGUACGCGAUGUCGGCAGCGGCGCUAGCGUGGUCAGUGGCGCGCGCGUGCGCGGCGGGCGCGCUGGCCGCGUGCUCGUGCGCCGCACCGCCGCGCGCGCCGCCGCGCCCGCCGCGCCAGGCCGUGCCGCCCGAACCGCACGCUCGGUUCAAGUGGGGCGGGUGUGGAGACAACUUUCAGUGGGCUGAGAGAUUUGCAAAACAAUUUCUGGAUGCACACGAGAUAGACGUGCGAGACGGUAGGAUAGAAGACGACUUCAUCGAAAUAGAGACACCGACCACAGAGAAAACUACCACGACGUUCGAACCGACAACAAUGCCUCCUGUAGUGAUACUGGUGGACGACCAACCUGCGCCGGCGAAUACGAGUGCACCUCCGAGGAAAAAAGGUCGGCGAGGACGCAAACGCUUGCCGAGAUCGCCGAGACGAGGUCGGCCUACGAGGAAGAGAUUCAGAUCUAGAUAUGAUUAUGACGACGAAAAAGAAUAUGAACAUCGAAACAUAGAGUAUCGCAUGGCGGCGGACGAUCCUCGCUUCGAUCCUCAAAUAGAUCUCCACACCCGACUGCAACAUCUACGGCCGCUCAUCGCUGCUGCCAAUCUCAUCAAUAGCCGAUUCGGAAGAAAGGCGGUGUCUCAAGGUAUGCGCACCAAAUGCACGUGCCACGGCGUGUCAGGGUCUUGCUCCGUGCGCACGUGUUGGCGUGCCCUGACGCCGCUGUCGCGCGCGGCCGAAGCUCUCGCGCACGAAGCCGCGCGCGCAGCCCCCCUCGCCCCGCGCUCCCCGCCUCGACGUCGACGCCGCACCAAGACCAAACUGCGUUACGUCACACCGAGUCCGGACUACUGCGAACCCGAUCCAGCCGCUGGUUCUUUGGGUACACAUGGCAGAAAGUGCAACGCGACCCUCGGAGGGGCAGUAGGCGGGUGCGGGCGCCUGUGUUGCGGGCGCGGCCGGCGCGCCGUGCGCUCCGCGCGCCUGGAGCGCUGUCGCUGUCGCUAUCACUGGUGCUGUCGCGUCGACUGUCAGCUCUGUCGAGUCACUACCGAAGACCACUAUUGUAACUGAUCGCCAAAAAAUAUUUCACGCACGAAUCGUAAAAAAAAUCGCGAUUUAGUUUUAUCGCUGUGGUUAUGCUUGCGAAAUGUCUUUCACCGUGAUGUCAAUUCUGUUACACCAAAACUCCAAUAAUGAUUUAGGUUAAAAAAAAUAUUUCAACUGAGUUUCUACGUAGAUAUAAGUACUUACGGGUACAACGACAUUUGGUAAAAACUAUUUUUUUUACCUUUUGUUCAAAUCAGCAUCAUAAUAUUGUGUAAUUUCAAGUAAAUUGUAUUUUUUUAUGAAUCUUUGUAUUUCACAACGAUCUCUAUGAAUAGUAUCAGUUUUUAAAUAUUUUUAGUUAUAGCAGGUUUAUAUUAACACUGACAUAGGUACACCAAAGACUGUUAUUUUAAGUUAUUUUGAUUUAAAUACUGGCCAGCUGCGGCACUGAUUGUAAUGCUCAGAUGUCUUUGGUGCUCAGAGUGACACUAAGCAUAUAGUUUGUGAGGAAGUUAGUUUUUGUCAUGUUAUGUUGGAAAGAAAGAUUCUCAUACAAAGACAGUUAAGUUUUUGCGUGUUCAAUUUACUGACUAGUCAUAUUGUAAGCAAAUCGAUGUAAAAAAUGUCUCCCUUAUUUAUUCACUAGCAUGGUAGAAAUUAUAAUAAAAUAUUAUUUUUUAUUUAUUGCAAAAUUUUGUAGUGCCUAGCGGUUUUCUUGUGUACUAAAUGAAAUAUCUCAUGAAAACUAUUCAGCAAUGAAUGAAUUAAACCCCUAUUAUUGAAAAUUCAAUAAAAUCACCAAGAUUAUUAUUGUUUUAACGUUUCCGCUCAAGAAUCUUUACCUUUUUCUGUUUUUUAUUAAAUAUUUUGAAUCAUAAAGUAGUUUUUUAUUGUGACAAUAAAUGUGUGUAGUAUUAAUAGAAAGUGCUCUUUGCACCUAACGUUUCGAUAUUUUAAUAAAACUAUGUAUAUAAGGUUUUAAAUUAUUCUAAAUGUUGCUAAAUGUAUCAUAGUCGAUAGUGUAGUGCUAUAUUUAAUUUUAAUAUUAAGUAAUGAUUAAUUAGUCGUUGAACAACGCGUAGAAAUUAAUAUACUAUGAUUAAGAGUAUUCAGUAGAAUGUUAUAAUAAAUUGUAAUGAUACUAUAAUUAUUAUAUAAUGUUGUAAAUAAAUCUGUACUUAAAACUCA